AUGCCCCUCGCAAACAAAAGCAAGACCAAAGGUCGCGACGCGCGGCAAUCGCGAAGUCGCAAUACGACACCCAGUUCCGGCCAUAGUGCGAGUACAACCACAGGCGCCUCUGCUGUUUCUGGAUACCUUGAAAAUGAUUUAGGGAAACUGUUUUCACAAACCUCAGUUCAGUACGUCGACAUCCUAGACCAGGUAGGCGGAAGUGGCAGUAUUCCAGACGUCAGGAGUUUGGAACAGUUGAGCGACCAGCUCAAAACAUUGAGUCAGCUAGCCGACGCUCGAGGCGAUAUUUGCAACGCAGCCAUGCGUGAGCUCUCACAACGAAAAAAGGACGUUGUCGAAGAUUCGCGUGAACAGGAAAUGGAAAGGGAUACCGAGGAUAGGAAGAUGAAACGAGAGGCCGACGAUGAAGAUGAACCUAGUCGUGCCUUGAAAGGAGGAAAGCUCAAAAAGCGAAAAGAACGGCCUUCAAAGGAAGAUCGCCCUCUUGCCGUUGGCUCACAUGAGGUAACUCGGCAAGACGGCGGAGAACUAGGCGUCCGUAAAAGAAGUCUCGAAGCCACCUCUCCGUCGUCCAAAAAAUCUCGAAAUGCUGCCACUGGCAGCUCAUCAUCGCUCUCUCCUCCCUCACUAGCGUCUCCUCCCCUGAAAGCAGAAGCAGAAGCAGCAGAUUCGCCCUCAUCGGAGGACAGCGAUGACUCGCGUCAGCCGGAGCCAGCACAACUUGUCCCUCAAUUUCAAGUAUUUGGACCGAAUCCACUCAAGUUCGAUGACCCGACAGUUUAUCAUAUCCGCGAUGUCACUUCGGAGACGACUGAUGACGAAAAGAGGGAAAUCUUUAGCGUGGCACAUUUCCCUCCCAGUGACCUCAGUCAUAUGAUGGCAGGAGUCGCUCCUGAUAAGGAUUUCAGUAAUGCGAAGCCGACAAGUCAGGUUAAUGCCAAUACAUUUCUUACCUGGGUUGAGCCGUUUGUGCGACCCUUGACGGAGGAAGAUAUUGCCUUUUUAAAGGAAAAGGGAGACCGCACGACACCAUUUGUGAUGCCACGGCGUGCGAAGAAGCAUUACAGCGAGGUAUGGGCAGAAGAGGAUGGUGCAAUGAGCAUAGAUAAUUCGAAUGAUCGGGACCGCCUGCCACUGAAUCAAGGCCGUGGUAGCAUUGAGCAAUUGACAGACGAAAACGCCGAGACUGAUAAAGUGUCCGUUGGACCGCUUGUCAGCCGUUUAUAUUCACUUCUCCGCUAUGAACACCGCACUGAAACUGAGGAAAACAGCAAUAACAAUGGAACCACUAACGGCGACACUUCGAUGAACAGUCUGCUAGGAGACUCAUUCAUGGACUUGGACCAUCAACCUCUCAAUGGCGAAUCCGAGAACAAACCACUACCAGCAGCGACUUCAUUCCCAGACGCAUCACCCAACAAUUUCAAAGUACCUGCCGCGAAAUUGGAACACGCACAGCUGGAUGAGAGAUUGAAAGCAGAGCUCCGCUACGUUGGCUUCUUUGGGCCCGAAGACAACCCAGAUUUCGACGCCCACUACGACGACGACAUCGCCCAGCGUCUGCGACUACUCCAAGGCGAGCUGAAAAAGCAAAUGUUAAUAAACGGAGCACGCAAAACGCGUCUGAUGGAAAUCGCCAAGGAACGCAUGGCGUACCAGGAGUACAGCACGAUCCACGACGACUUGGACUCUCAGGUCCAACAAGCCUAUCUCAAGCGGACUCGCACUCUAGGCAAAAGCAAAAAAGGCUCGCAAGCAAAACACCGUCCUGGCGGUGCCGGUGGUGGCAGCCACGUUGUCAGCGCUGCUGGAGUUGGGCGCCCGGGCAUUGGUGAUAUGGCGCGUACAUUAAUGGAUCGUCGUAAGCGUUGGCGGGACUGUAUCGGGCCGGUCUUUAAGGAUAGCAAAACGACUGUGCCGUCAAGGGAUGAAAGUAUCUUUGAUACUGUCACCAUGGCAGAAUACGAGAAGGCUGAGUUGGAAGGAUGGGACGAGGAACAGGAGUAG